AGAAAUGGACAGGAGGUCACCCGUCGCCCUCUUCGUGGCCCUGUGGGCCAGCCAGCUGGGCAUGUGGGCAGCGGGGCGCUCCAAGGUGAACCCCAGGAUCAUCACAGCUCCGCAAGGUGCGAAAGAGUAUGCGUUUCCCAGGAGUGAGAAGUACCCGGUCUUCUAUCAUAAAGAAAACAGCUCAGCCAUCUACAUCGGGGGAGAGGGAAAGCUUUAUUACUAUGACUUUGCAACCUAUGAGAACUACACGGAAGACUUCCCAGUGAAAAAUGAAGGACAGUGCACGAUGCCUGGGAGUUCGGAUGACAAUAAAAAUUACCUGACGUUAGUGGAGAAGUAUGGAGACGGGAUGUUAGUGUGUGGGACCGGCGCCUGUGCUCCCACCUGCUGGAACUUGACGCAGAGAAAGGAGAGGACUUCGUGGGACGGGAGGGGUAUUGCUCCUUUCACCCCUGACUCAAAUACCCUCGUCGUCGUAGACGGUCAUGACAUCUACUCCACCAUCAAGAAGAGCCAGCAGAACGGCAAGAUACCCCGUUUCCGUCGAGUGAGAGGGGGUGGAGAGCUGUACACAAGCGACACAGUGAUGCAGAACCCUCAGUUUGUCAAAGCCACCACAUUAAGGCACGAAGAGCCUCACCAGGACAAGAUUUACUACUUCUUUCGUGAAGACAACCCGGAUAAGAGUCCCGAGGCCCCUAGAAACAUCUCCCGAGUGGCCCAGCUGUGUAAGGAAGAUAAAGGGGGAACCAGUUCGCUCUCUGCUUCCAAGUGGACCACCUUCCUGAAGGCCAGCUUGAUUUGUGUCGACCCAGUCACCAAGGGCAACUUCAACUGGUUGCAAGAUGUCUUCUUUGUCCCUGCGAGUAACUGGCGGCACUCCAAAGUCUACGGGCUCUUCACAAACACCUGGGGAAGCUCUGCUGUUUGCGUCUAUUCCUUUGGGGACAUUGACAACGUGUUUCAGACAUCCAGACUCAAAGGCUAUAAUGGUCCCAACCCAGAGAUCAAGCCUGGGCAGUGCGUUUCCUCUGGACAGCACACCCCGAGCGAGACCUUCAAGAUAGCCGACAGCCACCCAGAGGUGGAGGACCGGGUGGAGCCCCUCUCCCCCACCAAGAGCCCCUUAUUCCACAACAAGCACCGCUACCAGAAGAUUGGAGUGCACGAGGUCUCUGUGGGUGACGGACGUCGUUACAACGUGCUUUAUCUGGCAACAGACAAGGGAUCUAUCCACAAGAUCGUGGAGCUGCCGGAUGGGGUGCAGAACAUCAUGGAGCUCCAGGUCUUCCCAAAGAAGGACCCGAUCCAGUCCAUGAUCCUGGACCAUGAGAGGGCGAUGCUGUACGUCGGCUCAACAAAUAAAGUCAUAGAGAUACCCAUGGACAUGUGCAGGGUGUAUCGCAACAACUGUGACAGCUGCUUGCUGGCGAGGGACCCGUACUGCGGGUGGUUCAACGGGAGUUGUCAGUCGGUUUAUCUGAACCGGGAGGUGCGUCAGAACCUGAACCUGGACCCGUGGCGAGGAAAGUGCCAAAAGGGGGAUAUUAAGGAAGCAGAUGACUAUCAGAACAUCACAGUCGUCCCUUUCUCCCGCUACUACCUCAACUGUCCCAUCGAGUCCCACUAUGCCACCUACAACUGGUACCACAACAACAGCCUCAUCAAGACCUGCAACACCACCCACCCCCAGCAGGACUGCUUCCACUUCAUCCAGAACGUGAGCCACAUUCACUACGGCCACUACGUCUGCAUCUCGGAGGAGGACGGCUUCAAGCAGGCUCUGGUGAAGGAACGCCUGGUCAACCAGCUCAGGUUCAUGUCCCAGAAGGGCCAGGCCACCAUGACGUUUGGCUCUUGGCUGCAGCUGCUCCUGAUGGUGGUGUUGGUGGGGCUCUUCCACUGAACACGACGGGACUGUCUUCCCACCGUCCUGGCUGCUGCUGCUCUUCCUGCACUUGCUGUCCGCUCCUGAGGCGGGAUCCCCAUUCUUAGUCACUCCUUGGACAUUAAUCUUUGACUGUCCCAAAAGGGGGUCCUGGGCAGCAACCCCUCCGUCUUUGGCCUUGGUGGAAGAGUCACGGCGAGGAGGAUGCGACCGCAGGGCCAGAUGGAGCAGGGUUUGGGGACAGGGAGGGAAGGGGUACCCUAACACGC